UGAUUCUCUCUCCACUGAAAUGCAGCCACCUCUGAGGUGGAAGCAGUUAAACAACACACAGCAACAUCACACAAGAGUUUAGGACAGGCAGUGAAGAGGAGUAUUGUGUCCAAGUGAAACAUCAGGGGGAGUUCUAGUUCUCUGAACAUGUCCCAGAAGGAUCCCUGCCAGAAACAAGCCUGUGCAAUACAGAAAUGCUUGCAAGUGAACAACUACGUGGAGUCCAAGUGUGAAAGCGUGCUGCAGGAGAUGCGGAGGUGCUGCGCCCGGUACCCCAAGGGCAGAUCCGUCUGUUGUUCAGGGUUUGAGAAAGAAGAAAGGGAGAGAGAAAAGCUGAAGGCGACUUCAGAAGGAAUUCCCCCAUCACCUCAGUAACACUAUGCGGCUCCAGCAGGUACCGGAGCACGGACUCACCUGCAGAGCUCGUGUGUGUGUUUUUUUCAAGCCUUCUUUAGACUUUCAGGAAAGCUCCUGACUUUCAAGAUCGCUCCUGAGACCACACCAUCCGGCACACCAAAAAAAAAUAUAACGCAGUACCAACAGAUGGUUAACAGACUUUUUUGUUUUCUGUACCAAAACGUCAUCUCUGCAUUGUCUUUGCAUCGCACCCAUGUCUGUGAAAAGUCAACUCGAUGUUUUUAGAAUGCUUACCUUCCUCUAAUCCAUCCUUGCUCCCAAAAUGGAGAACUGGAACCGAGUUAUUCUGGCCUGCGGAGCGGGAGGUACAGGAAACGAGCUCAGAAGAGUGAGUGAGUUUAAGCGUUACACACACAAAACAAGCCCAUUUAUGACACAGCAAAAGGUAUUGCUGCCACCACGCAGUAGUUCCAGACAACAUUUGCCUGUCCAGUGGUCCAAGCUCAAGAAGGGGAAUCGGGUCUGGGGGUUGUUCCUAGGUCUUGCAUAGAUCACGAGUGACCACAAGUCACUUUGCCCAAGUGCCUCACUUUCCCACUGGACAGACUUUUGGUUACUUUCUAUUUGAAUUGCCUACACGCUGCUAUUUGCAUGACAAAGAUGUUACAGGAACAUUUCAGGGAUUGCUACAGGAAUAGGAUUUAUUUUUAAAAAAGAAGAAAAAAAAAAAGCAAUAUUCAUUUGAGAGAUCAGACUGUUGAUAUAAAAUUUAUAAAUUUAUGUAUAAUUGAACACCUUUUAAGCAAUAUGUUACGAACCCAGCGUAGUUUGACCCGCUGGCACCCAGAGGCCUGACACAAAGCCCUGGGCUAGAUCCAAGAACGGAUUUAGGUGCUGCUGACAGAACAAGCAGUCGUAGGCACUUGCUUUCAAAGCAGCAUUUCAGACUCACUCACAAACCGGCUGUGUCUGGACCCCAAGGGAGAGAUGGCUUUUCAGAAGUUCUCACCCGUGCAGCAGAAAUUUCCUGUGACCUGUAGGAAGAGCUCGGUAGACAGGUUCCUGCAUCACCCCUCAGAGCUGCCUAAGUCUCUCCAUCCCCUGUAGCAGGAGUCCAGGCACCUCAGUGGGUGCCGAGGCCCUCUCAUGGCCUUGGCACCUUUAAAUACCAGACUUCAAACCCACCAGGCUCCUAACUCUGUCAUUAGAUCUAGCCGUAAAGGACUUUUGUGCUGUGAUCAACUUACUUACUUCUUAUAAAAUACAGCUUCUAUAAACAGACCACUGUAGUCUAGGCACAAUAGUUGAGUGUAUUGAAGCCUAGAAAAGCAAACCAUCUGUAUUCUCCGCUCUGAAAUACCGUGGUACAAAAUAAACAACUGGAACAAA